AUUUCUUAUUUCCUUGAAGUCAUGGAUCGAGCUAUUUAUUCUCUUGAAACAAGGUUUGAGCAAUUUCAGAAGUAUGAACAAACAUUUGGUUGCCACUGCCGAAAGAAGCUUUUUCAAGCUAAAGUUGAUAAAAUCUUAUCUACGAUCAAUCAUGUCACAAGAAAGGCUAAAUGA